AUGCUUGUUCAGGACAUUUGGCGAACAAACAUAACGUGGGACGAAGUUCUUUCGAUAGAACUUAGUAAAAAAUGGCAAGACUGGUUACAAGAAGUAAAAUGUCUGCAGAGCUUCACCAUACCUCGAUGCUAUUUUAACGUCAAAACAAUUGAAGAAGUUGAACUCCAUACGUUUGUUGAUGCUAGUGAAGAGGCCUAUGCAGCAGUUUCAUAUCUACGCCUUGGAUGUGCCAGAGGUACUUACAAGACCAUGCUUGUUAUGGCACGUGCCAACGUAGCACCACUCAAACAAACAACCAUUCCCCGACUAGAACUCCAAGCUGCUGUUCUUGGAUGCAGAAUAGCUUGUAGCAUCAUAAAAGACAUUGACUUAACUAUUUCUCGUCAGAUAUUUUGGUCAGAUUCUGUAACAGUUUUGCACUGGCUGAAAUCCGACCCUAGACAAUUCAAACAGUAUGUUUCCAAUAGAAUUGGAGAAAUUCAAGAUUUGUUUAAACCUGAAGAAUGGAGAUGGGUUCCAUCAAAACAGAAUCCGGCAGAUGUUGCAACUAGAAGUAACAAAAAGUUUACAUCAGCCAUGCAUUCUGAAUGGAUUCACGGACCCUCAUUUCUAAUGCGAGAAUCUAGUGACUGGCCAAUACAACCGUCCAAACCGUACAAAGUCAAGGAAAAUGAAGAAAGAAAGAAGAAAUUCGUCGGAGUUGUGAACAGUGAUGAAACCCCUCCUCUUCUGACAGUUGAAAACUUUUCUUCUUGGGAAAAAGUGACACGUGUAUUAGCAUGGGUACACAGAUUUGUUAGCAUGCUAAGGUCCCAUACUACCACCACCACCAAAAAGAAACUGAAAACGGUCAACGUAGAUUUUGGAAAUAUACCAGAACUUCAACCAGAGGAAAUUCAAAAAGCUGAACAGAACUUGAUAUCAAUGUCUCAAAAGGCAAGCUUCAAUGAAGAAAAGAAUUUACUGCUGAAUAGCAAACCGCUACCAAAGUCCAGUAGAAUAUUCUCUUUAAAUCCCUUCAUUGAUCAGUCUCUAAUAAGAAUGUCGAGUAGAAUACAUAGUUCACCAGAAAUAAGCGAAGAACAAAAGCAUCCUAUCAUUUUAUACGGCAAAAGUCAUACGGCUAAACUAAUCGUAAAAAUGUUUCACGAGAAAUGUUUCCAUCAGGGCAUCGAGACUGUUAUCAAUAUGACUAGACAACACUUCUGGAUCUUAAACGUACGAUCAGUCGCCAAGAAAGUUCAAAGGAGCUGCAUGAGGUGUAGCAUAGACAAUGCCAAACCUUAUCCUCCUCAGAUGGCUGCACUACCACAGUUAAGGACCUCAAAAGUGCAACAUCCAUUCUUCUACACUGGAGUGGAUUAUUUCGGACCUAUCGAAGUUACUGUUGGCCGCAGACAUGAAAAAAGAUAUGGUGUGCUAUUUACCUGUUUAUCCACUCGAGCAAUUCACAUCGAAACGGCUCAUUCUCUUAACACAGAGAGUUGUAUAAUGGCGAUUCAACGAUUCAUCAGCCGAAGACCAGUUCCCUCAGAACUAUAUUCCGACAAUGGCACAAACUUUGUAGCUGCAGAUAGGGAACUUAGAAACGCUGUAAAGUCACUCAAACAUGAAAAGAUCCAAAAAGACGUGGUGAACUACGGGAUAAAGUGGAAUUUCAUUUGCCCGCGAGCACCACAUAUGGGAGGCUGCUGGGAAAGACUUGUUAGGUCUGUAAAGACCGCAUUAAGGAGUGUUAUGCGCUGCCAGUACCCAAAAGACGAAGAGCUUCAGACUUUCAUGGUUCGCGUUGAAUUUAUAAUAAAUUCUCGCCCACUCACUCAUGUUUCUCUGGAUCCCAAUGACCCCGAACCAAUCACACCAAACCAUUUUCUAAGAGAAGCUUACAAAAUCAACCUAAACGAAGACCAACUGUGUAAACGACAAUUAGCUCGUGUUAAAUUACUCCUAGACGGCUUCUGGAAGAGAUGGGUGCACGAGUACCUUCCAUGCCUUUCAAGACGGUGCAAAUGGCACAAGAAAUUGGACCCACCAAAGAUUGACGAUCUUGCAAUAAUAAUUGAGGAAAACUGCCCAAGAAAUACUUGGCCCCUUGGCCGAAUCUCGGCUGUCUACCCAGGUCAUGAUGGCCAAGUACGAAUAGUAGACAUAACAACAUCAAAAGGAACUUAUCGCCGGCCUCUGACUAAAGUUGCAGUCCUUACCGUUGGAGGGGAAAACAUGUAA